CCUGCCGCUCCUCCGCGGCGGGGACACCGCCGCCUCCGCCUCCCCCUCCCCAGCCCGCCGCCUUUCCCCCCUCCGCUGCAGCCGGGGACCCUUCCCGGGGAGGCCGGGCCGGCGGGAGCCCCGCCCGCGCCGCCGGGGGAGCAGCAGCGUGCGGCGGUGCCCGCUCCGCAGCGCGGGGGGAGCCGCCGCCGGCGCCGCGGCGGAGGUUGCACCAGCUGGCAGGUUAAAAAUCAGAAAAUAAGAAGCUGGAAGAGUUGCUAUUACCAGGAAGAUCUGAUCCAAUGGACUGUAUGGAUAUAGAUAUGUUUGAAGGCAUCUGCUCUUCCCGUUACAAGAAUCAUGAAUAAACUGGCAGACCAGCAGGACCACAUGAUACCAUGAAGAGAAGCUUACAGGUCCUCUAUUGCCAACUGUUUAGUGUUCUACUGAUCUUGGCACUGACAGAAGAGCUGGUGUUUUCUGUUCAGGUACUGUCUCCCACUGUCUCCUCCUCUCAGGGCUUCCCGAUGGACACUACCACUAUCACGGCCAUGGGAACAACACCUCGCCACAAAGACCGCCACGCGGCAGAGCCCCUUCCCACGUCCGCUCGCACUGUUCCCCAUCCCGUCAGCCUGGCGGAGAAAGCCCCUUCCACCGGGCAAAAGCAAGCGAGCGGCCCUCGCAUCGGCGAAAAGGAAACGUAUCAUUUAUACAACCAGAGUGCUUUGCACUCCGGACAGACUCGCCCCAAGGGGAAAAUAUUCCAGGUUUUCAAAGGCAACUUCACAGAGUCCUCGGAGACUUACCUAAAAACGACCCUGCACUCUCCCUUCCCUACCCUGAGGAGCCCUUUCACAGACCACCCAUUUCAGUCCCAGACCGCAGCGUCCAGCGAUCCGAAUGGCACGGGGCUGGCAAGAACUACACACUCAGACCCUUCUCCCCACCGCAACGCCUCGGGAAGCCUUAGGGAAGCAGAGCGAGGGGAUGGGGCCGAGCUAGUGGUGCAGGAGGCAGAUUUUGCCACCACAACUGCUGGACCAUCGACUGAUCCUGAAGCAGUGUCGGUGCCUUUUAAACCCACCCGCUACGGCGUAUGGGAUAUGCUGAGCAAAAACAACUCUUGGGUAACCUUGAAUCUCAGUACAAACGUCCCUCUGUUUGCUGGCCCUGGAUCUGCAACAGCAGCAGCAGGUCACUCGGUUCAGACCAGUUUUGACAUCGGUGUCUCCUCCCCGGCAGCGGGAGACCCCGAGGGACCCGCUCCAACGCAGCGCGGCGCGGUGACUAACGCGACCUUGCUGGGCAGCGCUCUCUCCUCAGCGCCCGCCACGAGGUUGUCCAGCUCCAUGUCCACAGCUGGCUCCACCGCCACCGGGAACUUCCUCAACAGACUGGUUCCUGCCGGGACCUGGAAACCUGGGGUGCAAGGAAAUAUCUCCCAUGUCACCGAGGGGGACAAACCCCAGCACAGAGCAACCAUCUGUCUCAGCAAGAUGGACAUUGCCUGGAUCAUUCUGGCCAUCAGCGUACCUAUAUCUUCGUGUUUUCUGCUGACAGUCUGCUGCAUGAGGAGGAAGAAAAAGACGUCUAACCCAGAAAACAACCUGAGCUAUUGGAAUAACGCUAUUACCAUGGACUACUUCAACAGGCAUGCUGUAGAGUUACCGAGAGAGAUCCAGUCCCUGGAGACUUCAGAGGACCACCUCUCCGAGCCACGCUCCCCCGCCAACGGCGACUACCGCGACAGUGGGAUGGUCCUCGUGAACCCCUUCUGUCAAGAAACGCUGUUUGUAGGACACGAGCAAGUCUCUGAAAUAUGACCCCACAGCUGCCCGCGUGUUGCAGUUUCAUCUCUGCUGUCUCCAAAUUAUAAAUAAAUAUAUAUAUAUUAUAAAUAUAACCUUUGUGUAACCCUGAAUUACAAGAAAUGUUUUCAGCUUUUCUUUUCUCCCUCAGAAUUGUCAGCCCCUUUUUUAUAAGUGUGGUAAAA